CUUCUAAUCAAAAAAGUUUCUUAUUACUUUCUUAUAUAUCUGCAAAAUUUUAAUGGAAAAUACAUUUCUCGGCUGUGGCGGUGGGAUUUCUGGUGGUAUAUCAACUGUAUUGAGGGAGGAAAAUAACAUGGCUAUGUCAUCUGAGGAAUCUUCUUCAUACCCAGAUGAGGCUGAGCUGGAGUUAGGCCUUGGCCUUAGUCUUGGCGGUGGUGGAGCAAAGUCUAAGUCUAAGCCUCCGCUGCCUGCAGUGGCGGCGGCGGGUCCUUGGGGCCAAUAUGCUAGAAUCUUGACAGCCAAAGAUUUUCAUUCUGUGGUUUCUACUAAAGAAUCUUCGUCAUCUUCUUCUUCAUCUUCUGUGACCAAAACUAAUAAUAAUCCCUCCUGUGGGGUGAAAAGAACUGCUGAACCUUCUUCACCACCCGGUCGCUCCGGUUCCAGCCAGGUUGUGGGAUGGCCUCCAAUAAGAACUUACAGAAUACAAAGCUUAGUAAACCAUGCAAAAUCACCAAUGACUGAAGAAAUUACCUCUGCUCUUGAUAAAUGUAAAAGCAACAAUACUAUUGUGGACAAGACAAACAUUGGCAGCAAUUUGAACAGAAAUGUUGCAAAGGAAAAAGGGCUUCUCAAAAAACCUUCCUUGUUUGUGAAGGUGAACAUGGACGGGAUCCCAAUUGGAAGAAAAGUAGAUCUGAAUGCCCAUCGCUGCUACAAGACUUUAUCUCAAACACUGGACGAAAUGUUUAAACUCAGUGCAGCAGUUGGUGCUACACGAUCAAAUGCAGAGGAGCAAGUUGUAAUGACAAAACCCUCGAGAUUGAUGAAUGUUUCGUCUGAAUUUGUGCUUGCCUAUGAAGACAAAGAAGGAGACUGGAUGCUCGUUGGAGAUGUUCCGUGGGAUGACAAUACCGUGGCUACUGUGAUUUUGUCAGGAUGUUUCUUAGCUCAGUGAAGAGGCUUAGAAUCAUGAGGACGGCUGAGGCUAAUGGACUUGCCCCAGGAUCUAAUGAAAAAAACCGGAUACGGUCUAUGGCACCAAUAUAAAUUAUAUUCCAAAUCUUAUUAAGCAGAAUGAAGAAGAAUGGGAAGAUAAAGAUGCUGUGUGGUCGAAGAAUUUUGUUGAGGCAACCAUCGGUUUGGUCGUCUUUGCUUGUAUGAUUUUGGUACAUUUUUUUAUCGUGCUAUGCACUUUCCACACAUAACAUAUACACCACUCUCUGGGGGAGUGUUUUGCUAUAUAAAACGCAAGUUCCAAGUUUUUCAUGUCAUGUAGGUACACAUCCUGCACUGGAAGUCAUUGUAACUAUGGGAGUUUCUGCUAGUUUUGUUCUUAUUUUUCUGCACCCACAAACUGUUAAGCUUAUCUUCGUAAAUGAAAGAAUAUAUGAGUGGUUUUUGUACA